CCCGAUCUAAUAUAGUUUGACCGGUCAAGUAAUUUACACCAUCAUUUUUGGCGCCAUCCGUGGGACCGUUAAGGUUUCUUCUCCUAAACACAAACCUACCCACCAAAACACCACUCGAAAUGUCUUCUAGCCAACAAAUCAACGCUACUUCCGCUCAGGUGCAGGCCACCAACGAGGGAGCCAGCAUCCCUGUGGCUGCUACCAUACCGGUCAUUUCAGCCCCGGUGUUGCCUCUGGGUCUGAGCACUGUCCCGACCGCCAGCGUUAUCAGUCUCUUCGUGACCCCCGUCCCUUCCGCUGGACCGAGGGUAACGUUCCCACCAAGCAUGACUCAGUUCAUGAAUGACCCAGCCAACCUACAAGCCAUCCGGGGCUUUGGCCAGGUCAUGGCCAUGUGCCAACAGAACGGGGGGAUGCCUUUCCUCCCUGGCGAGGUGCGGGAGGCCGAGCCUGCCCGCACCCGGCGCUCCCGGUCUAACCGGCAGGAGCCAGCGAGGACGAGGGCCUCCCACCAGGAAGGGGAGGCAGAAAGCAAGCCCAGGUUACCGGUGGCGAACUGGUUAACCAUCCCAAACGACCGCGUCCAGCAGAUGGAGGCAAAGCUGGAAAGGCUGGAAAAGAAGGUCGGGGAGAAGAAUGACCGGGACAAACCCCUGGCAGGGUCCCCGUUCACCACAAGGGUCCAUCUGACACCUUUCCCGCGAAAGGUCAAGAUCGACGCCCCCAGAUUCACCGGGAAGGAAGAUCCGGAAAUCCACCUGGACUCCUUCAACCAGAGUGCGACCAUGAACGGUUGCACCGAUGAAGAAAAGUGCCUACUUUUCUUCCAGACCUUGCGGAACCGAGACACUGAAUGGUUCAAUAAGCUUCGCCCGGGAAGCAUUGACUCGUUCAGUGAUUUGGCCUCAAAGUUCAAGGCCAUGUUCCAGGAGAAUUGUACUAAGAGGAAGAAGUUCACCUAUCUUAGUACAGCCGGGCAGAGGGAGUCUGAGAACCUCACUCAGUUCCUUACCCGGUGGAAGGAAGAGGUAGACAAGGUGGAAGAGAUGGAUGACAAAACCGUCCUCUCCCUCCUCUUGAAUGGCUUGCGUGCUGGGGAACUAUACAAGGAGUUCUGCCGGAAACCCCCAGCCACAUACCAAGAGGCCUACCAUACUGCAUGGGAGUUUGCUAAGGCUGAAACCCAACUCCGGGCAAAAAGAGAAGCUAAGUAUGGUCACAAGUCCAAGCCGGUGCAAGUCAAGAAGGAAGAAGCACCGGGACCUAGCCGCCCGAGGGACCACUAUGACCCGGUCAUCCGAGUGGUCAAUACGGAGGAAUGCCAAGAAGUCCGAAAAGCACCGGUCAUUCCACCAGAAAACCCUACCGGUCAAGUAGGGCGGCAGUGGUCGGGCACCUAUUGUUCGUACCACAGGUCUGAUUCCCAUAACACCUCCGAAUGCAAGAGUGUUAAAGGGGUCAUCCGGCAGAUGAUCGACAGUGGAGAGCUGGACAAAGAUUACUUGCAGAAAGCCCAGGAGAAGAGUCAUCAGUGGGUUAGGCCAACUGCCCCAGGAAAUGACCGGGACAAUGACCGGUGGAGGAAUAACCGGCCAAGGGAGCGGCAACCUGCCCCCAAAAAAGAAGACAUCGGCAUGAUCUUUGGCGGACCCGAGGGUGGAGAUUCAGCCGCGCAGCGGAAGAACUGGGUCCGGAGCAUUUACGUUGGAGAGGUAAGUGCUGAACCGCCCAGGCGUAAGCAUACUAGGAGGGAGCCUAUCGUCUUUACUGACCGGGAUCUCCCUCCUACCAGUGAAGAUCACAAUGAUCCAUUGGUCAUCACCAUGGACAUUAAUGGGGUGGAUGUCGCCCGGGUACUUGUUGACACCGGUAGCAGUGUCAACAUCUUAUACCUGGAGACCUUCCAGAAACUCAGGUUGUGUCGAACACAACUUGAACCCCUCAAAACCCCUCUCUCAGGCUUCACGGGGGACACCGUUGAAGCGGAAGGAUCCAUAGUUCUACCGGUCGAACUAGGAUCAGGUGAAAAGACCGUGUGGAAGAAGAUGCGGUUCAUAGUUGUGGACAUCAAAUGCGUCCACAACGCAAUUCUAGGAAGGCCAGACAUCAAUAAAGUCGGGGCGGUGAUUUCCAUGCCUCAUCUAUGCAUGAAGUUCCACACUCCAGACUUACCGGUCAACAAGCCCACUGAGCAAUGGUGGGAGAUGGCAGUUGAUGGGGCAUCCGGUCCUAGAGGAUACGGGGGUGGUAUCGUGUUCACCACCCCAGAAGGAUUCAAGAUCUACCAUGCAAUCGUCUUCAACUUCAAGCUGACGAACAAUGAGGCAGAAUAUGAAGCUCUGGCUGGAGGGCUCAGACUUGCCCAAGCCCUGAAAAUCAGCCGGCAGAAUGAGGAAGAUCACUUGGCCGAACUCAACUUGGUCGAAGAGCGGAGAAUGGCCGCGGAAGUCAAAAUGAGCACAUACCAACAAGUUGUGAAGAAGUACCAUGAUAACAAGGUCGGGCCGCGGUACUUCCAAGUUGGGGAUGAAGUCCUACGAAGAAGAGAAGCAAGUAGACCCGGCGACGGGGGAAAGCUAGCAAAAAACUUGGAAGGCCCGUAUAGGGUUAGAGCCAUCAUUCGCCCGGGGACAUACCGGUUAGAAACUCUUGAAGGGGUACCAGUGGAAAGAACCUGGAAUUCCCAUCAUCUUCGCAAGUUCUACAAAUGAUUGUAAUACUAGGCAAGGCCUACUUUAUUAUCAAUCAAACCGAUGAUGUUCAAUACUCUAUUUGGUAGCGGCAGGAUUGAUAGGUCGAACCUAUCCUAGGAAGGCUUCCUGGGUGGAUCGAAUGGUUAAAUCUCCAGUAUUCUUACCGG